AUGCUGGUAAAAUUUGUUACUAUUCUUCACACUUGUUUCAUAAUUACAUUGUGUCUCGACAUAGCAAAGGCUUUGGUAAAUCCAGUCCAACCGCUGACAUCUAACCUAUCUUCACCCAAAAUCGCUCCAAAAAGAGGGCUUAAUCAUCGUGAUAAUGUUGUCACUUACACGACUACGAGCACUUCUAUUAUGCCGACUGAGACGGCUACACCGACUGAAACGCCUAAACCUGCCGCCGCCGAACCAUUUCAUUUGAGCUGGCCAAGUUGGAUGACUGACGUUUUAUCCCAUAUCUAUAACGUAAUGGCACUUGGAGCAAUUAUUGCGUUGUUUAUAAUGCGGGCAGAAAAGAAAAGCAUUUCCAUUUCUCGACGACAUUUUAUCCCCCCUUCAAUAUACGACAUCUUUCGUGCUGCUCAGUUUUUCAUAACUACCGCUUUACUUUCUUUGCCCUGUCUUAGUUCGAGUUAUCGAAAUUUGGCGUUCAGAAUUGGAUGGUUAAGUGGCUUACCGCCAAGCUUUGUCGACAGUGCGGCAAUAUCCAAAGGUGUUGAUAAGCAGAUACGAGGAACCUUGUGUAACGUGCUUCAGAACUGCUCGAAAGACGUCAAUAAUGGAUGCGUAGAUAAUUUGGUGCUGCAUUCCGAUCCACGUUUUUCUGGUUUCGCGGCUUUUGGACAAUCGCAAAAUGUUCCAGGCUAUGAUUUAUUUUUCAUAGUAAUGAUCAUGUUUUGCGCUGCCAUGGUGAUUGUAACUAGCAUUGCAUUUUUACUUGGUUUAUUGGCACGUUCAUGCAAAUUCCUAUGGGAAAAAUGGCCCACAUUGGAAACCAUCGCAGAUCACCUUUUUCUCUUUGUACUCGGUAAGCAAUAG